AGCCAGACAGCCAUCCACGAGAGACACUCACCAUCACAAUAUACCAGUAGGCAAAUGCCCCGACGCACCCACAUACUGCAGCAACCACAGCCAGGCGGCCACAAGAGGCCACACUCAUCAGCUGAGUGCACCAGCAGGGAAAUACCUCGACACACCCCGAUUCUGCAGCCACCAAUGCAAUUUCCAUCCGCCGACACCACGCAGGUCGGUUUCGGGUACGUCCUGUCCGGCCUGCCAUCGAAUGGGCGUGAUGGGAUACUCAGGGCUGCCGUCAGCCUUCUUUCCUCCCCUCCAGGUGCCGUCAGGGAAGAGGGUGCCGCUGCGGGCCAGGCCCUCCCGCCAUUCACCAUCGAACCACAACAUAGGACCAUCAAAGUGGUAGUAUGCCUUCGCCUGGCCGUGCCGCUUGCCGCUCUUCCAUUCGCCCUUGUAGAUCGGUUUGUUGUUGCCGUCUCGCAGCUCCCCCUCGCCGUGUGGUCUGCCGUCAAGUGUUGGCCCAUGAUAAAAAUGGACCUCCCACAGCAUGCCCGUCGCCACGACAGCUCCGUUCUUCUCCCCGUUGACCCACUCGCCCCUGUAGGUCACCUUGUCGUUGAUGAACUCCUCUCCCUGGCCGUGCCGCUUGCCGUUGGCCCAGCCGCCUCUGUAGACCAGCGUGCCGUGCUGAUACUCAUCUCCCUCGCCGUGCCAUUGGUUGUCUUUCCACUCGCCCUCGUACAGCUUCACCAUUCCUCCAUUAUAGGCUUGGUAUUUGGUGCCCCGUCCCUCUCGCUUGCCAUCCACAAAGUCGCCAUCGUACACGACACAUAUCUUGGCUUCAUCUCCGCCUUCUUUGGUGCGCACCACACCCGGCCCGUACUCCUUGCCCUUGCCGUGGUAUUUGCCGUUUCUCCACUCGCCCUCAUAGCGCAUCUCUUGCUCGUCAAACGACCGCAGCAGCCCAGCACCAUCAGGCAGCCCGUUGACCACCGAGCCAUAGUACAUGCCGAGUAAGUCCCGAUGGACAAUCUUGCGUGGAGUGAUGUGGUCGUCCUGCACCUGGCGCCGCCGGAGCUCCUUGAGCUCUGCAUGAGCCUCAUCUCUCUGAGCCUCGGCCCGCUCGCAGCGUCUCUUCCAUCCGUCCCUCUCUGUCUUGUACUCGUCUCUCUGGGCUUGGAGCUCCUCAAUCCGCAUCUCGUAUUGCUGCCGCUCUCUGUCCAUCGACCGACGAAGAUCUGCAUGCACACAGAUAUCCGCCCAGACACACGAUUGGAUGAUGUGUCUGUCGUGUGCGCACCAUCCAUGACGUUGUGCAGUAUCCCGGUCGUGUCUGUGUCGGCAGAAGUGCCCUGAUGGUCUGCUAUCUCCUCCUGCGUCAUCUCAGAGCUGCCAGAAUUGGCGUCCGAGAAGGCUUCCUCUCGUUGAGCCUCGGCUUCCUCGCACCGACGUUUCCACUCAUCUCUUUCGGCUUCGAGCUUGCUGGUCCGGCUGCGCUCACUGUCCCUUGAGCUGCGCAUCUCUGCGUGCACAGAGCAUAUGCGUGGGAAUGGUCACAUACACGCAUGAAUGCCUCCCGCUUGUGUCUGUGUGCACCUUCCAUGAUGGUCUGCAGUGUCGAGAUGGUGUGGCUUGCUUGACUCCACGCGGCGUCGUCAGACAUAGUGGCGGCAGUGAUGCCCAAGCUGUGAGGAUGGAUUGGCUCGUUCGGCAGAGAUCGGUGUUGCCAAUCAAUAGGGGCACAGCUGGGGGUGGCAGACAGGCCAACAGCGACGCACGGCGAUGGCAAAAAGGCGGCGGGAG